AUUUUUUUAAAAAAUAGCUUAGAUGCAUCAGGCAGUUAUGUAGACGCGACCGGGAGUUGGGAAGCGGCUCGUGGGAUGCUCUGGGGGUCUUGUCGCGGGGGCUUCCAGGACUUUUUAGGUCUUGGGAGGCUGACGUUAAAACCAUUUGAUUCUGUCAGACGCGGGAUCGGCGAUCGGGAAGCAUGGAGAUCCAGGAGAAACCACCGCAGAAUUAGCGCCCUUGUACAGAAAGAAGCUCGGGAAUAGGAGAGUGAGAGUCCAUCAGAAUGGAGGUGUGUCCUUACUGUAAGAAGCCAUUUAAACGAUUAAAAUCCCAUUUGCCACAUUGUAAGAUGAUAAAACUAACUAUACCUGCUGAUCAAAAUGUUUGUCAGUCUGAGCAGGCUACACUCCCACAUGCUAAGAAAAGGAAAAGUCCAAUCAAAGACUUAACUAAAGCUAAAGAGAGAGAGUUGGGGACAAAGAGUGAGAAAAGAAAUAGUAAGUUGAUGAGGGACAAAACAGAACGGACUGCUGAGCCCUUUCCACUACCAGCUAUUGGUUUGGAAAGAGCAGGUGAUACAAAGGCAAGUGAUGAUGACACCAAGAAUCAAAUUCAGCUCUCCCUCAAAACAGUAAAAAAUCCUGAACCAAAGGUUACUUUCAAGGAAGAAGCUAAGGCUCAGUUUUAUGCAUUAAAGAACGCUACUCCUAAAAGGGAACUGGCAAAAGAUUUGCCUCAAUCAGGAGAAAGUAGAAGUUAUCCUUCACAAACGAAAGCAUCUUUACCUUUUGGCCCAGUGGCACCUUCUUUGUCAAAUCGAGAUAGAAAAUAUUCUUCAGCCUUACCUAAUGAUGCACAAGCCACUUCUGCUAAGUCAAACUUGGACACAAUUGAUCCCUCAAAACAGAAGCUUCUAGUAAAAUUGCUAGAUACGCCUACUGGUGAUAAUCAUAGUUCUCCCAUGAAUCUCAGUUAUGGAGAUAAAAGAGAAAGAACGUCGUUUUCGAGUGACGAGCGAGAUUCCAAGGCCAAGGACCACCUCUCAGAAAUGUAUAUUGAUGUUAGAGACGCUGAGAAGGAGAAAAAGAACAUGGAAUCACAAAUUCUAGAUUUUCAAGUCAGCCCCUUAGGCAAAGUCCAAGUCAAGGAGAACCCAGGAAAAGGACUUGACCUUGGAGUAGAGGCUUGUGGGAGCAAAGGACACACAAAGGAAAGUGUAUCUGUGACGGAAUUGCAGGAGUGCCCUUCCAGGAGCGACAGCUCUAAGAACUUCAGUAUGGAUGCGCCAGCCACAGAGAAGAAAUCUCGAGGGGAAGGUCCCAGUUUAGAUUUGUUCAUGCCAACGCAGACGGUUUGCAGUGAGUUUCUUUCUGUAUCACAGCCACGUAAUCAAAGUCUGGCCUCUCUGGCUAUAAAAUUUCUACAAGAAGAGAAAGCUGAAGCCUGCGAUCCUAAUCGAGUCCCUGAUGGAAAGGCAUUGAUGGGAAGUGAGGGGCAAGCCUUCCUGGAGCCCAGAUCUGGCUGUGGGCCCCAAGCCUCACACCCUGAGUGCCAGCGGUCUUUACCUUCAACCCAGCAUUGUACUUCUAAAACUCUCUUCACCGGGCAGAUGGAAAUUGCCGACAGGAAGACCCUUCCUAGCUCCCUGGGGCUGGAGUGGUUUCCAGAACUCUAUCCCGGUUACCUUGGACUAGGCGUGUUGCCAGGGAAGCCUCAGUAUUGGAAUUCAAUGGCCCAGAAGCCUCAGCUCAUCAGUCCCCAGGGGGAAAGACUGUCACAAGUUCCUUUGUUGGAAAGAAGUUCGACUGCUCUGUGGAGUUGGGAACCCCCGACCAGGCUUACCGCCUCCAACGUCUCUCUAAUGCGGCUCUUGGGAGCUGUACACAAAGGCUGGAUCAAGUGCAGCACCACCGUGAAGAGUGGAGUUGGUGGCGUCACGAUGCUCUUCACUGGAUACUUCCUUCUUUGUUGUAGCUGGAGUUUCAAGCAUCUGAAGCUUGGCUGGCGGAAGCAACGUUGACCCGAGCGCCACGGAGAGUGCACUGGAGAGGAUUCUGGAGACGACUGCAGGGCAUGGUUCACAAGUUCAAGUUGUGUCGGGCAUAAGAGGGAGGGAAAGAAUAAAUUAUUGAAUGGAAAGCAGUCAUUUAGGAGUAUUUUUUUUACAUGUGAACAGAUCUGGUUCUGUCUGGAUAUUUCUUUGGCUUGCUCUCAAAAGUCACUGAAAGUUACUGGGAAAAAUCAGUUUAUUUGUUCAUAAAGGCUGAUGUUAUUUAAGGA